AUGGCUUCCGACGCAGAGACUUUUACACAAUACCCAAUACACCUCGACCCAACCUCCAAAGCACUCUCCGACCCCACAUCCACUUCCGCAGAGCUCAAUGCCCAACUCGAAGCUAUAAACCAAACACACCGUGCUCUCCUCAACCUGGAACCUCCAAAUAUUCCUCCCCCACCUCGGCCCGUAAACCCCAAGCGGAGUGCACAAAUAGGGAAACUCCGCGAUACAGCCAACGCCGCUUAUCGAAAGUCUAGCUUUGCGGAGGCUGCGAAGAUGUAUACCCUUGCUAUUGACAUGGCACUUGGACGACCUAUGUGGGAGCCUGUAGGGUUAGUGCGCGAAGAGCUAUCAGCACUGUAUGCAAACAGAGCACAGGCAUAUAUGCAGCAACAGCUAUGGGCUGAAGCAUGGGUUGACGCUCAACUUAGUGUGGAGUGUAACGAGCAGGGCAAUGGUAAAGCUUGGUGGCGUGGUGGAAAGUGUCUUGUUGAGAUGGGAAGAUGGGAAGAAGCACAGAAGUGGAUCACGAAGGCUCUGGAUAUUGAAAGUGCGGGUGAUUUUACAAAGGAGUUAAAUGCAUUGUUGGUGGACAUUCACACAGGACUUGGGAAGAAGCUUUAG